AUGGCGUCUUCUCUCGUAGACUUCAAGGAUCGCCAAUUUAUCGCCGUUAUCGGGGACGAGGAUUCUGUGACAGGGCUCCUCCUUGCAGGCAUAGGCCACGUCACGGCUGGUCCGACUCCCAAGAGGAACUUCCUCGUCGUUGACGGCAAGACGGAAACAAAGAAGAUCGAGGAUGCCUUUGAGGACUUCACCAAGAUUGCGAACCGGAUACGGCACCUUAUCGAGAACCACAAGGCCGCGUUCCCCAGUGUGAUUGAGAUCCCUAGCAAGGACCACCCUUACGACCCAGCCAAGGACAGUUUAAUGACGCGGGUUCAGUCCCUGAUGGGUGCGGAGAGGAAGUAA